AUGAGUUCAAAAUCUGAUCUAUCAUUCAGCAAGGAUGAACUACGAAAAACAGAAGAAAAGUUCAGACGGCAGAAAGAGCAAGAACAUCAAAGGCAGAGGGACCAGAAGAAGCUUCAAGGACAGUUUAUAGCAGAGAAGGAAGCACUUUUUGGAUCAAAACCGAGUCCAUCACACAGUGGGAAGAAGAAUUCUAGACCUUCAACAGGAGGUGUGACCGAUAAGAGACUUUCUUUAGGAGGGGCAGUUCUUCGAAAUGCAUAUGCAAAGAAAGCUGGUCUCUCGUUGCAUUCUCAUAUGAAGCAGCAAACUUCACCCAGCCAUAACCAAAGUGGUUUUAGCAAUCACUCUCUUGGUAAUAUAACUGUAACCUAUUAUCUAAACCAACAUAAUUACUACUUGAAAAAGACACGUUGGGUUCGAUUAGUCAUCAUAGGUGCAGGAAACUCAAAUACAGUAAACUAA